AAAAAGAUCGAAUCCGGAAGAUGCUUCGCUUCUUGAAGUUCUUAUUGGCACUUCUGGCUGAUCAUGCCAUGUCUGCUAGUGCUAGCAACAUAUUCCUCUUAGCCGGACAAAGCAACAUGUCCGGCCGCGGAGGCAACUACAACGACUCGACGUCAAACACGGUCAGAUGGGACGGCCAAAUCCCGCCUGAAUGCAGAUCCAAACCAGAAAUCCUCCAACUGGCUGCAAACAAGAGCUGGGUGGAAGCCCAUGAGCCUCUCCACCAGGAAAUCGAUCACUGGAAGACCUGUGGGAUUGGACCCGGCAUGCCUUUUGCCAAUGCAAUCUUAGCCAAAUACCCGAGCUUCGGGAGUAUUGGUCUGGUCCCCUGUGCUAAAGGAGGAACCAGGAUAAUUGAGUGGGCUAAGGGGACUGAGCUAUACAACCAGCUGGUGAGUAGGGCAAAGGCCUCCUUGAAUGGUGGGGGGAAAAUUCGAGCGCUGCUUUGGUAUCAAGGUGAGAGCGAUACAGCAGAGCAAGAUGCCAAGCUUUAUAAGAGCAGAUUGGAGAAGUUUUUCAACGAUGUCCGACAUGAUCUCAACUAUCCUGACCUCCCCAUAAUCAUGGUUGCAAUUUGCUCAGCAGAUCAAGGACCUUUUAUGGAUGUGAUAAGAAAAGUUCAGCUGAAUUUUAAUCACAAAAAUGUCAAGUGCGUUGAUGCCAUGGGAUCAACCUUUUUAGCAGAUAACAAGCACUUGGAUACCAAGUCUGAGAUUCGCGUGGCUCAGAAACUGGCCGACGCCUUUCUUUCCUCUUUUGCUCAUCUCUGAUUCUGUCCAUGGCCUACUCAAGUAACCAAACAUGUCUCCCCUAGCUCCCUUGUACCCCGUUACUUAUAUUGAUCAGAAA